AUCGCUUCUGCUGCUGCUUCCAACUUACAGCAGCGUGCAAAAAGGAAAAAUAUCAUGGCUGAGAACGGACAGAACCGUCCUAUUGAGGCGGACCUUGAGAUUAACGACGAUGCGCAUUCCACCCUUGAUUCAGUGGCAGGGACGUCUGCGACAUCUCUGACCGAUAGCAUCCGGGAAUUCCGUCAGGAAAACGGACGCACAUACCACUCCCUGAGUGCCGGAAAAUACUGGCUGCCGAAUGACGAUCCCGAGCAAGACAGACUCGAUCUCCAGCAUCAUGCCCAUCGCCUGACAUGGGAUGGCGACCUGUGUGUCUGCCCCAAGAAGAACGGCGCCAAGCGCGUCUUGGACCUCGGGACCGGCACGGGCGUCUGGGCGAUGGAAUAUGCCGACGACCACCCCGAUGCCGAGGUCAUUGGGGUUGAUUUGAGCCCUAUCCAGCCAGACUUUGUUCCCUCCAACUGCACCUUCGAGGUAGACGACCUGGAAAAGGAUUGGACCUGGUCAAAUAAGUUCGACUUCAUCUACGGCAGAGCAAUGCUCGGCUGCUUCGCCGACCUGCAGUCAAUCAUCCAGAAGUGCUACGACAACCUCGAGCCCGGCGGCUACCUCGAGAUGCACGACGGCUCCUUCCCGAUCCGAUGCGACGACGACACCCUGAAGCCCGACAGCGUCCUCCUCAAGGUCACCGAGAUGGUGAUCGAGGCGUCCGCCAAGCUGGGCCGCCCCAUCAACCUGUCGCAGCACUACAAGGUCAUGUUCGAGAAGGCCGGCUUCGCCGACGUCCAGCUCCUCCCCUACAAGUGGCCCACCAACCACUGGCCCCGGAACCCAAAGAUGAAGACCAUCGGCCGCUGGUCGCUGGCCAACACCGACGGCGGCUGGGAGGGCAUGUGGCUGGCGCUGUUCUCGCGAGGCUUGGGCAUGUCCAGGGAGGAGAUCAUGGUGCUGUGCGAGCAGAGCAGGAAGGAGUUGCGGGAUCCGAAGAUUCAUGCCUACUGGCCCGUGUACUGUUGCUACGGCAAGAAGCCGGACACGCCAAAGGCUGCUGAGGGGGUGGCGUAGCAAGUUCCUCUUGAACCGGGGUAGUUGAUUCGAAGAGCAGUCGUGUGCCCGUUGGGGUACCCUUGCAAAACAUACGGGCUCCUUCAUCUAGCUUGAUAUUGAAGCGCUGAAUUUUUUUGGGGUAUGUUCAUAUUACGACACCGGCAGCACAAAAGCAUGAACAGAGAAUUUGUCAAUAAACGGCAUUGUAGAUAGAUU